AAGAGGUAAAACGCACUAAAGAUCGGUACGCGGACAGCCUUUGGGAUGCGGCUUCUGAUAGUUUCAACUGUCUACUUACUCCUCAUAACAUGCUUCUCAGGCCUUGUUAUAUUUUCGGAUCGGCAGCUUUGUUCUUUUGCAAAGAGGAAUGGACAACAAGCACUAGAGAGGUCAUUUGGAUCGAUCUACUUUUUAUCGCCUUUAUUUCGACAGCAUUUUACACCGACGUUUUCCACUUAGACGACUUAGAUUGGCCGCUAUCCCGAAUUGAAGAACAAAGGCGGCAAACAGAUAGACAGAACAUUGGUAUACAAGUAGGCGGAGACGACGCGCAGUGGCCGGAAGAUAAAGACGCCAUGCGCGAAAAUGAGAGCCAAAUGGACAGUAACGUUGUCGAUCAAUCGGACGCUAAAGAAGAGAUUGAAAGGACAGAUGACAGAUACUCCAACCACUCAGAGCAAAUCCACGCUGAUGAUGGAUUGAUAAAUACUGAUUCCAAAAUUGAUCAUGAUAACGAUGAAAAAGAACCAUUACACACUGAUUUUCACGGUUUCGAUGAAACUAGUGAAAACGGUAUAGGGCAGAAAGACGAAAAUGUGUUGACUGAAAAGAGUUAUGUGAAUCGAGAUGUUGAUGGAAGCGAAAACGUUAAGGAGAGCACUGGCGUUUCAGACGAUGCUAUAGAUGAUUGCAACUUUGAGAAGGGCGAAUACACUGCCGUAGUUACUGUUCCUGACCAUAUUCCUGAGCAUGGAGAAGAUGACGGUACUGAAGACGGUGACACAGUUAUCAACCAGUUCACUGGGGAUGACGGUGAACUACAAGAAGACGAACAGCCCAACCACACGCAUGAGGAACAACAGGAGAAGGAUGCUCACAUUAGUGAUGGAAAUGAUAUUUAUACGGAUCAAGUAGACUACACAAAAAUCCUCUUAUCACGUGAAAGUUCGAGCUCAGAUUGUACAAUGAAAAUUAGCAUGGCCAUUUACACGCACGUGAUGUGUU